AUGGCUGUAUGUAGUAAUUCACUUAUAAUUUUAAGAAUGGUAAAUGAGGAAGUAUUUCAUGGAAAGGAAGAAAUUACAACUGUUAAGAGAAACAUUUUAAAAGAUGCGGUUCGUCAAGAAUAUUCUAAGAUUUUUUCACUGAUCCAGAAUAUUUUAGAAUAUUCUGAAAAUGCUGAUGUUGAUAAUGCUUUACUUGUUAAUUGUUUUAGUUGUUUGAUAUCAUAUUGCAGAGAUAUGGAUCCACAGUAUAUUUUUUCAACAAGAAUAGUUGAAAUGAUAAUUGCUCAUUUAAAUAGUGCACAUGCAGUUUUAGUGUUAAGAUCAUUAUUAUCAAUUUGUGAUUUAUUUGAACCAUUGGAGAUAACUGAGAAAUUAGAUGAAAGAACACUUAAUAUUCCCCAGGGUUUAAAUAAAGAAACUGUCUUUGCUAAGAUCAAUUUGAUUCAUAGAGAGCUUAUAAUGUUUUUUAAAACAUACUUGGGGAAAUUUUCACCUGAUUCAUCAUUAGAAAAAGAAUAUUCACUAUUUAGUGAUGAGGAGAAAUCAUUUAUCAAACAAAUAACACAAUUAUUUGUGUCAAUUUAUAAGAAUUAUCAUCCUUACAUACCUGAUAGUAUUUUGAUAGAAAGUUUAGAACAAUUUAUAGAAAUUUCUAAAAUUAAUGAUCUACAAUUAUUUAAGGAAACUUUAAAUGGCUGGGAAAUAUUGAUAUAUGAUUUCUAUAUUGAGUAUCCAAUAAGACCUGUACCAGAUGGAAAGAUUCGAAGAUUUAAAUUUAAAACAAUAUUACAGAGGAUGAUAAAUGUGUUUGUUAAGUUUAUGCCUAAACCAGAAAAAGUGUUUGUUACAUUGAAUGAGUUUCAAGAGGCUGUUAAAGUGAAAGAAUUUACAACUGAAGAAAUGGUGUUUUCAAAGAGGAUGAAUCAAACUUUUUUUAAUUUAACAUUUUGUAUUGAUAAUCAUGUAAAAGAUUUUUUCUUAGUUACAUUUAAUAGAAUAGGUUCUAAUUCUGAGAAGUUUGAUCCUGUUUAUCUUAAUAAGGUUUGCUGGGUUUAUGGUUCUACAGCGGGUGCAUUUGAGAGUGAUGUUGAGGAAAGGAUAUUUAUGAUAGCUUGUAAAUCACUAAUGAGUCUUUGUUCAAUUAUACUUCAUCGA